CAUCUGAUUUACAUCCCAUCACAUUUAGGAACUCAAAACUCUUGCGUUUAUAUCACGAUGUUCAGUGAUUUGAACGAAAUUUUACAAUUUGACGUAAAUAAUCUUCCAAAGGGGAAUGUUAUAACGAUUGCUGAUAACAACAUGGAUGCUAAUUUUUUAAUUCAUCAUUUCAUUAGUCUUUUUAUUAGAGGUAAAAGCAAGAUUUGUUUGCUGUGUUUAGCCCAAACAUUUAGCCACUACAGUUCUGUAGCACACAAACUAGGCAUAAAUUUGAUCAAAGCUUGCGAUGAGGGACAGCUAACCGUGAUUGAUGGCCUGCAAUUAUCACAAGAAGCAACCACACCUAUCACCCAAACUUUAGACACAAGAAUAUUACCACUGGCCUGUAUAAGAAAUUCUACGUUUGAUUUGAAGUCAUUGUUGGUACAUAUAACAAAACGAUUAUUGGAGUCUGGAUGUGGAGACAACCCUGUAACACUUAUUAUCGACGAUAUCAGCAUUUUGAUAAGUCUUGGCUUGAGUGUUACCACGGUAGUAGACUUCAUCCAUCAUUGCCAAGUUUGGUUUUGCGGAAGGAAUGGUUGUGUGGUGUUCUUGCUUCAUGAUGACAAGAACGUGGAAGAUGAGAACAACCAACAACUCCAUACAUUGAUGAUUCACAAAAGUUCAUGUAGCCUCCAGUGUCAGCCUCUACCAAGUGGGUAUUCAAGGGAUGUACAUGGCCAGAAUGAAGAUGAUGAUGAUGAUGAUGACAAUGAUGAUUAUAAGAUGAUGAUGUUAACGACAGUGGUGGCAACGAUGAAGAUAACGACGUUAUAUUGAUGUUCAUGACGAAGACAAUGAUAAUGACGAAGAUGAAGACUGACAAAGAUGAUUAUUAGGCACUUUACGCAACAGGACGGGAAGGCGGGUGGAUGGUUGUUCUGUGCUCAUCAGAGCAUGAAGACCACAGUAAACAGUUGGGCGCUUAACCCGAAUUGCCGUUGUCGACGACUCCCUGUCCUCUUGCGUAAAGUGGGUAUUAUGAUGAUGAAGACAACAAUGAAGAUAGAAGAUGAGGAUCUUCUCAUUGCUAAAUUAAUUUUUAAAUUUGUUGUCAUUAGCUUUAUCCAGGCUGCUUCUAUAAAUAAUCAUAUCACAACAUGCACCAUUUAUCAAUAUAUUUGAAUGUGUUUAGAUCAUUUUUAAAAUUUUCAGUUUUACAAAUUUUUAUUUUGAUUUUAACUCAAUUGUAUAGAGCCCUGAUUCUUAAUAGGCGGCCCGCGGACCAAAUCCAAAUUUGGCCCGCAUGGCAAUUUAAUUAGGCCCGUGAGGAAAAACAAAAUAAUAAAUAAUAUAUUUAAAACAUAUUAAAAGUACAAGGAAUAAGUUUUCUUUUAAAUACAAAAGGUAACCUCUGGGUAAUGUGCACAGGGAUGGUUUGAAAUUGAGCGAGAUAAUGUAGGUCAUAAGUAGAAUAAUGGCGUCAAAAAUUGAUCACUGGAUAGUUUCAUGGUCCUAUUCUUCACUGUGAGUUUUCAAACAAGCAAAAACAAAGAAAGAGCUAAAAUGUGUAAUGAUGUAAGGGAUCCCCGACUCGGAUCUAAAAGUAAACCCUGUAAGGUAUUCUUAUUAGCUCAGCGAAAUUUGACAUGGCAGAGGAGAAGCAAAACGUUAUCACAGACAUGUUAAAUUUUUAAUGAUUGCAGGGUCCUGAUGCAUGAUUUAUGACUCGUAAUAAUAAUAACUAGGAUUUGUAAAGAUCUUUCAUGGAAGAAGAAGCCCAUUGUUAUUGAAUAUAUUCAUUGGAUCCAACAAUAAGUACACUUGACAUUCAAUCAUCAAAAACAUACUAAUACCUAAGUCCAUAUAUUGUAUUUAUUUCUUGUUUAACCUUGGUUAACAACUCAGUUGGAACCAACUGUUAUCCUUAUUGUUAAAUCAUGGAGGUAACCACAAGAACUUGGGUUAUUUUGGAAUACCCCUUUUGAAUUUUGCCGUCAAUAAUGUUCGUACUUAAUUUUACAUGGUAAUAAACAGUUAGUGAACCAAAGAACAGUAUCAUUAUUAGUAUCAGCAAUAAACCGAAAGGUCCACUGAUUAAUCUCAGAUAAGAAAGUAUAAUACAUACUCCAAGUAUUGAAAUGCACGCCAUCGUGUGUUGGGAUUCAAAUUUCGAUAUUAAUUAUGUCAUCAUCAGGAAUUAGCAUUACACACCAACUUUUGUGCCGUCAAGUUCCGCCUCUUUGUUUUGUUCUGUUUAUUGUGAUUUUUUUCUUCACAUAGAACGGUAUCCUUUACUUUACAUAGAUAGUAAAAACGUUGGUGUACCAGAUGAUACUGAAAACGUUUUGUAUGUUUCAAAGAAAAAAAAAAUAAAUAAAUGUCAUUCUAAGCGAACUUUUGUCCCUCUAAAGUUGGCUAACAACUGUUAAACUGAUGACCCAACCCAACUGCUGGUGUAGUACAGUACCAUUUAAAAGUAUAAUUUGAAAUUGCCAUAAAAUCUUUCAAAUUGACGUAUCUUAGCGAAAAGAGUUUCUCGAUAAACGAUAGAUUUCAACUUGCCAUAGAUUAUCUUUGGCCCGUGAGAUCAACUCUAAAAAUAAUUUGGCCCUUCAAACAAAUUAAGAACCAGGGAUAUAGAGCCUAGUAAUACCUUGAGAAAAUAUAGUUCCAAUUGCCACCUGUUUCUUAGAAAUUAAAAAAUUUUUAUUACACAUAUUUUGUUGUCACACACUGUAUUGUGUAGAAUGAUGUACAUUAGCGCAGUAGUACAGCUGCAUUGAAUAAAAUAGCUUUUAUAUUUUUUUCCAAGGCACAAAUGCUUUGUGUCACUUGUUGUGACUGUAAUUAUAUGUCCAAUUUGUCCUUAUACCCAGGGGCAGAUUUAGGGGGGGCCAGCCCGGCCCCCUUUUGGGAAGUAAAAAAAGAAAAAAGAGAGAAAAAGAAAAAAAAUGAUAGCUCAGAAUGCCUCAAAUGUUAUGUUCGGGCGUCUAGAACACAAAAAUUUCGGACCCCCUACGACAGUGUUGUCUCAAUCGGCCCAAUUUUUGGCCCCCCCUUCCGGCCCCUCCCCCUUUUGGACAUUUCUGGAUCCUGGAUCCGCCCCUGCUUAUACCCCAUAGCUCAGUUGGUGGAACAAAGAAAUGGAAGGUAAAGGGGUCUUGGUUCAAAUGCAUAUACAUUUCUUAAAUAUUUAUUAACAUUUUUUAACGCAAUUUCGAUUUGAGUUUGCAUAAGGAAAUAUCAUAGGAGCGCGAUGUUUUUGACAUGCGAUUCUGGUGAGAGUCAAACCCACAACCUCCAGCUAACUAGCCCGCCAUAACCACUCCAUACGUUCCUAAAUAAAAAUUUGCAAGUGAUUCGUUUGGGAAUCCAGUUUUAACGCACUAAUGCUCUUGUUGUCUAUGCUGAAAUUUAUUUACAUUACAGAGUAUUAAACUUUUAUUUUAAAUUUUUU